AAGGUUCACGUAUGGUAAUAGAAAAAGAAAUAGAGAAACAAGGAAGUAAAUUUUGGGAAUUGCAAGAAAACUCUGAAGACAAUGGCGGAAGAAACGCCGGAAGGACACCUGGUAGAGUCCAUGUCGGCGGAGGAGGAGGCCUCACCCAAUAAGAAUGAUGGGAAUGACGGGACAAGUUCGGAAGAAUCUUCACUGGGAAGGUGUCUCUCUACCUUGAUCUCUACGAUAAUUCAAGAUUUCGAUAACAGAGCUGAACACACUCUUCGCAGCCAAGAUCAACUCUCCUUCGCCCUCCAUCGUCUUACUGCAGAGCUUGAUCAAUUGUUAGAUGAUGCACCAUUGCCUUUCGUUAUGCAGCAUGCUGCCAGAAUUUCUGGUGUUAGGAAAAGGUUUACAUCUCUAAAUUCAGUUUUAAAGUCCAUACAGCGCCGCAUUGAUAAUAUAGAUCGAACCUUGUCAGCUGCCUCGCUCCAAGAUUCUGUGAUGUUCAUUACAGCCCAUUGUGCACAUAUUGAAUAGAGAAAGUGCUAACAGAAAGCGGGGGAACACAUUAAGUAAGCUACAUCUGACGUUCAUCGCUCACUGCUGCAUUGUCAUGGUGGAUACUUUGUGGGACAAACAAUUAUGUAAUUCAGAAAUUUGGAGCAGAUUGCUUUUGGAGGCUUGUUUCUGAAAUUGAUGAUCUGAAUGCACAGGGCCCCAGAUUUGUCCCCUAGUUUCUUGAAUGCACAGGGUCUUUUUAUACUCCUUUAUGGUUCUGUGUCUGAUUUUUUUCCUGAGGUCUGCAAUGCAAUGCCCAUGCAUGGUCUCACCCCUUUCACUCUCGGACUACUGCUACUUUUCUUUAACUCUGAUGCUAGUGGGCUUUAGUCGCAAGGGCGCGUAAAUUG